GAGCGGGCCCGGCGGCGGCGGAGCGGCGGACACCGGCGCCAGGCCAGCUGGAAUACCGCUCCAGUCACAUGUGGAAGGAUUCUGUCAGGAAACCACCAACUCCUGUUUGCUCUGGUGGACAAACAGCUCGGCCGCUGCGAUGGCCGCGCUGCUCGGAGUCGCGCUGUUUGUCCCGCAGGCCCUCGCACAGGGUCACCCGUAUCUUCUGAACGUUUGACUGGCUCCCGCUGUUGGACACAAUGGUUCUGGACGACCUACCAAAGCUGGGAGAUACAUGUGCCUCCUUGUACUCCUCGGCUAUGGAAGACUUAGAGGUGGAUUUGGAUUCAGGACUGGAGGAAGACGAACUGAAACAGGAGGCUGCUCCUGAGGAUUCCACGAUCUUUGUAGCUUUUAAAGGAGAUAUAGAGGAUAGAGACUUUGAACAGAAACUGAGCGUUAUACUGGAGAAUGUACCUGGCCUUCUACAUAUGGAAUCCAACAAGUUAAAGCUGCAGAAAAUAGAGCCUUGGAACAGCGUGCGCGUCACCUUUAACAUACCGCGCGAAGCUGCGGAGCGGCUGCGCAUCCUGGCUCAGAAUAACAACCAACAGCUUCGUGAUCUGGGGAUUCUCUCUGUUCAGAUUGAAGGGGAAGGUGCUAUCAAUUUAGCUCUAGCUCAAAAUAGAAGCCAAGAUGUCCGAAUCAAUGGGCCCCUGGGAGCAAACAACUCAGUACGAAUGGAAACUGGAUUUCCCAUGCAAGGGGGACAAGGUUUGAUAAGAAUGAGCAAUGCUGCAGCUGUUAUGAUGUCCCAGAGUGGAAGCAUGCCAUCCUCUGUGGUGGCAGGUGGUGCUGGUACAGAGCUGCAGCCAAGAACACCUCGACCUUCCUCACAGCCAGAUGCAAUGGACCCACUUUUAUCUGGGUUAAAUAUCCAGCAGCAAAAUCAUCCAUCUGGAUCUUUAGCUCCGCAACUCCAUUCAAUGCAAUCAGUUCCUGUAAACAGGCAAAUGAACUCAGCCAACUUUCAGCAACUACAGCAACAAACACAGUUGCAGACACGUCCUCCCCAGCCACAUCAGCAGCCGCAGCAGGGUAUUCGACCUUCGUUUACUUCACCAGCACAGGUUCCGGUUCCCCCUGGCUGGAACCAGCUUCCUUCAGGAGCACAUCAGCCUCCUCCAACCCAGGGAGCACUAGGUACCUUGACAGUAAACCAGGGUUGGAAAAAGGCCCCUUUACCUGGACAAAUGCAACAGCAACUUCAAGCAAGACCAUCUCUAGCCACAGUACAAACUCCUACUCAUCCUCCACCUCCAUAUCCUUUCGGAAGCCAGCAAGCUUCCCAGGCUCACUCAAACUUUCCCCAAAUGAGCAAUCCUGGCCAGUUUACUGCUCCUCAAAUGAAAAGCCUUCAGGGAGGGCCCUCACGCGUUCCUACACCACUACAACAACCCCACUUGACCAACAAGUCUCCUGCUUCCUCUCCCUCCUCCUUCCAGCAGGGAUCUCCUGCAUCAUCUCCAACAGUUAACCAGACGCAGCAGCAGAUGGGACCAAGGCCUCCCCAAAGUAGCACGCUUCCCCAGGGAUUUCAGCAGACUGUCAGUUCUCCUAGUCGUAAUCCUAUGGUGCAACAGGGGAACGUACCCCCCAACUUCAUGGUGAUGCAGCAGCAGAACCAAGGUCCACAAGGUUUACACCCUGGCUUAGGAGGAAUGCCCAAGCGCCUCCCUCCUGGGUUCCCUGCAGGCCAGGCUAACCAGAGCUUCAUGCAAGGUCAGGUGCCUUCCACAGCACCAGGAACACCAGUGAACAGUGGAGCUCCACAGCUACAAACCAGCCAAAAUGUGCAGCACACAGGUGGCCAAGGAUCUGGGCCUCCUCAAAAUCAGAUGCAAGCACCGCAUGGCCCACCAAAUAUAAUGCAGACCAAUUUAAUGGGACUUCAUGGAAAUAUGAACAACCAGCAGGCUGGUGCUAGCGGAGUGCCACAAGUUAACAUGGGCAACAUACAAGGACAGCCUCAACAAGGACCACAGUCUCAGCUUAUGGGAAUGCAUCAGCAAAUUGUAUCCUCUCAAGGACAGAUGGUAAAUAUUCAGGCUCAGGGAUCGAUGAACCCUCAGAACCAGAUGAUACUUUCUCGAACUCAGCUCAUGCCGCAAGGCCAAAUGAUGGUAACACCACAAAAUCAAAAUCUUGGUCCUUCACCCCAAAGGAUGACCCCACCCAAACAGAUGAUUUCCCAGCAGGGACAACAGAUGAUGUCUACACACAAUCAGAUGAUGGGACCUCAAGGUCAGGUCUUGUUACAGCCAAACUCAAUGAUGGAACAGAUGAUGACCACUCAAAUGCAGGGAAAUAAACAGCCUUUUAAUACGCAAAACCAGUCCAGUGUUAUGUCGGGGCCAGCUCAACUGAUGAGAGGACCAACCCCAAACAUGCAAGGCAACAUGGUGCAGUUCACUGGGCAGAUGAUGGCUCAACAAGGCCCUGUGAAUGGUAACCCUUCUCAGGUUAUGGGAAUACAAGGGCAAGUUUUAAGACCGACUGGGCCUGGCCCCCACAUGUCUCAGCAACUUGGGGAUACUACUACUGCAACAAGUAGUGAUGUGAAUGUGACACAGAUGUUACCUGAUGUUCCUGUGCAGCAGUCUAACAUGGUGCCUUCCCAUAUGCAAGCAAUGCAAGGAGGCAGCAGUGCUUCGGGGAGUCAUUUCUCUGGCCACGGUCUGCCGUUCAAUUCCGGGUUUAGCGGAACGCCAAAUGGGAAUCAGAUUUCCUGUGGACAGAAUCCUGGUUUUCCUGUCAAUAAGGAUGUCACGCUCACAAGCCCGCUCUUGGUGAACCUUCUACAGAGCGAUAUAUCAGCAGGACACUUCGGUGUGAACAACAAAACAAAUAGUCAGAAUGCCAGUAAGCCAAAGAAGAAGAAGCCUCCAAGGAAAAAGAAAACUAAUCAACAACUGGAACAAACAAACUCCUCAGAACCUCGUGCGGGCGGCCUGGAGGAGAGCGAUCAGUCAUCAACGUCCGGAGAUCAGGGAAUCAGCCUAGACAGCUCAGGCCCUAAACUUUCAGACUUUGGCAGCAGGCCACCAGGUUAUCCUUCUCAGCCAGUGGAACAAAGACCACUUCAGCAGAUUCCGCCUCAACUCAUGCCACAUACCCAGCAGCCACAGCAGCUGCAACAGCAGCCACAGCUGCCUCCACAGCAAGCUCAGGCACCACCACAAACACCGCAGCAACAGCAGCAAAUGAUGAUGAUGCUUAUGAUGCAGCAGGACUCCAAAUCAGUCAGGCUUCCCGUACCACAAGGAGUUCAUCCACCUCGAGGGCCUCUGAAUCCAGAUGCCCAAAGAAUGCCCAUGCAGCAGAGUGGUAACAUGCCAGUAAUGGUCAAUCUACAGGGCCCUGGAUCUGUGCCUCUGUCUCCUGAUAAACAGAGAAUUUCCUUGCCAAGCAAUCCUUCUCUGGGAAAUAAUGCAAGAAAAAUGGUUUAUCAAGAUAAUGUGCAGAAUCCUUCCAGCUCGCCUCUGGGAGAAGUUUCAUCAGUAUCCUCCCUUCCAGAAGGAGGUGGAACUGAAGGCACCACAGCAUCAGGAGCUCAGAAUAAUUUGACAUCUCAUUUAGUAGUUUCACAGAACCAAUUAAUGAUGACAGGAGCCAAACCUGGACCAUCCCCACUUUCAACCACCCAAGGCACAAGUCCUCAACAGCAAUCUAAUUCUCUGCCUGGCUCCCUUGCACACCAUUUUCCUAAUGUUGCUACCCCAUCACAAACUUCAAGGCCUAAAACCCCAAACAGAGCAAGCCCAAGGCCAUACUAUCCUCAGACUCCUAAUAACCGCCCGCCUAGCACAGAACCCUCAGAAAUAAGCCUGUCUCCAGAGAGACUCAAUGCUUCUAUAGCUGGUCUUUUCCCUCCCCAAAUUAAUAUUCCUUUACCUCCCAGGCCUAAUCUCAGUAGAGGAUUUGAUCAGCAGGGUCUUAAUCCUACUACUUUGAAGGCCAUUGGACAAGCCCCAUCAAAUCUCACAAUUAACAAUCAGUCUAGUUUUGCUGCUCCACAGUCACAUAAAUUGGAAAGUGUUGUUAAUUCAGGAAAGCAAACAAAUGCUGGAGGAACAAAGAGAGCAAGUCCAAGCAGUAGUCGAAGGUCCAGUCCUGGAUCCAGCAGGAAAACAACACCAAGUCCUGGUAGACAGAAUUCAAAAGCAGCAAAGUUGUCGUUGACUACUCCGCAGAAUCCAUCUCUGUUGCAGAAUGUAGAUGUGCAAAGGAACAUAAUGGUUGGUCCUGCUUCUUUGCCAACACCUGUUACUUCAAGUUUUCAAAAUAGUACCGUGCUAAGUAAUCAGAGUCCUGCAGUUUCUGCACCUGCUAUGACUGGCAUUCCUGAAGACAAUAAAGAGAGCCUCAUUGUUCCUCAAGAUAAUGAAUGUCAAAGUGCACAAAUUGUCCAAGGUAACAAAGACCAGCCCAGCAUUGAACUAAAAGGUAUCCCUACUCCAGAAAUAAAAAUGUUGGUUCCAGAGGAGCAGUCAAAAAAAGAUGGGCAGGCCUUAGACGUGGGUAAGCUUCCAGUUUUGGAGGAAAGUAAAACCAUGGUAUCUCCGGCUAUGAGGGAAGCACCAACUUCUUUAAGCCAACUUCUUGAUAAUUCUGGAGCUCCUAAUGUAACCAUUAAGCCCCCAGGACUGACAGGUCUUGAAAUGGCACCAGUAGUCACCACUGUGGAGGAGAUAAAAAAGGUAGCUGUCAUUCCUCCACUGCAAGAUGCAUCUUCUAGCAAAGAGCCAUCUAAUUCACAUAGUUUCCCUCAAAGUAAUGAGCCCUGUUCAAAUCCAGGGCAUCAGGAACCGGGGGAAAUAAACUCAAAUGUUACGCAGGGUGUUCCCCCAGUAAUGCAAAGGCCUGUCACUUCUUCUAUUUCAGCUCCCUUACCGCCCAACCAGAUAACAGUUUUUGUAACUUCAAACCCCAUUACAUCUUCUGCUAAUACAUCAGCACCGUUGCCAUCUCACUUGCAACCUGCAUUAGUGUCUACUGUUGUCACAAUGCCUAACGUAGGAAACAAAGUUAUGGUUUCUGAGGGACAGUCGGCAGCUCAGUCUAAUGCACGGCCGCAGUUCAUUACACCUGUUUUUAUAAACUCUUCCUCAAUAAUUCAGGUUAUGAAAGGCUCUCAACCAAGUACGAUUCCCACAGCCCCGAUGACAUCCAACUCUAGCCUGAUGCCUCAGUCAGUUGCAGUUGUGGGCCCUUUACAUAUACCACAGAACAUCAAGUUCUCCUCUGCACCUGCUCCUCCUAGCACAUCCUCUAGCAGCCCUGCUCCUAGUAUUCCCACGAGCAGGCCACUCGUUCUUAAUCCCUUGGCACCCCCUGUUCAGCUGCCUUCUCCUGCUACAACUUCUUCAAAUGUUCCUUCACAUCUUCCUGCUCAGCCAGCAAAAGACUCGAGCCCUGAAGAAGCUGCUUCUCAGAGCAGUGGGUCAAAUGACCAGUGCCCCGUUACAGCCACACAGCCUGGACCCGUGGUUUCACCUCUUCUAAGCAGUAGUCCAGGGCCCGGGAACAGACGAAGUCCUGUUUCUUCUAGUAAAGGAAAGGGAAAAGUAGACAAGAUUGGCCAACUCUUGCUGACAAAAGCAUGCAAGAAAGUCACUGGCUCCCUUGAGAAAGGGGAAGAGCAGUACACCUUGGAUGGAGAAACAGAAGGUCAGGGGCUGGAGACCUCAGUCCCAAGCAACUUGGGAACAGAGCAGUCACCAGCAGAACUGGACAAUAAAACUGUGACACCUCCAGUACCCAGUCUUACAAAACAGAGCACUUCUGGGCCUGGCAAUGUGAGCGUUAGCACUGCUGCUGCUGUUUCUGCUUCUGUAUCUCCAAGCUUACCAACAAGCACUCCUCCUACAAGCGCACUGUCAGCUGUAACCACUCCAGCAAUCCCAGAGCUUGCGCCUGCAACACCAAGUACAAACGGCAGUAACCAUGGCAGCUUACCGGCUGAGCAGGCUGGGGGUGGCUUGGUGGAGGACAAAACAGGCACACAUCAGGAACUGCUGCAAAACACAGCAUCCUCUCAACAUUUAACGCAGAAAAAAAGUUCAGUUGCCACAACAGAAAGUACUGUUCAAAGAACAGAACUUGAAACAAAUGCUCCAGUAGUUGCUGGUCAAAGGAUAGAGUUUUUCUACUAAGCUGAAGGUGAGACAGUUGGCACAUGAGAGGAUUCUCCGUAUUUGACUGUCAUUCAGUACAUCCGAUUAUCUCAAGUACAUUUCUGUUUUGAUUUUUCUGUACUGAUGCUUUUUCUGGAAAGAAGAAAAGUGUUCAGAGAGGGGUAAAGUCUGGUGGUGUCUGAUAUUGACGGGGGUCGGCUCCAGCCCCAGGUGGCGUGGUACAUGACACACCUUGGAGGAGCCGUGCAGCAUGCAGAGCACUAGAAAUCCUUUACGUGGGCCAACUUCAGUUCCUUCUGAAACCAGAAAACCAGAGGAGAGUUGUUCCCCACAGAGCAAUCCAAGUUGAUGGAUACUUAUUUGAACUCUUCAGCUGUUUUCUCCAGUAAGCAAACUGCAGCUGAUGGUGCCGUUGGCCGUGCACCUCCAGGUAGCCCUGGAAGCAAUUGGCCGUCGUUGCUUACUGGUUCCCUCCUGGAAGACCAGUCCUGUGACCUGACUGCCCAUACUGAUGACUUGUGGGGAAAUUGCUUUCAAUGUUUACUUUGUACCUGACAAUCCACGUGCUUCCGUUUUCUCCUUUACUCUGUUUACCUGCUUGAGAAUGUGAUUGAUUGUCUUUCCUUAGGUUGGCCAAGUGUGUUUUGUUUCAGCUGUUACUUAAAACUGCAAAUCUCUGUAGUCGUUUCUUUCUCAUAAAGUAGAGCUUCCUCUGAAAUAUCGGCACUGUAGGACCUCUGUAAUGCACAGGCCUGCUUUGUGUUUCCCACCAGUUCUCUGAUUAAGGCAUCCUUUUGUGAAAUCUUGCCAGUAGCAGAAGAAGGGCAUGAAAGGAGUUUUCGUUCUUCUUUUCUAUUAUCAGCAGAUUUAUUUAUUUGCUUAGUCGCUUGCCUUUUAAUUCACAGAAGAUACGUUUAGCUUAAUAUUCAGGAGCUACAUAGUCAUCAGAAAUUGUCUGGCAUUAAUAAUUUAAAGAGAAGCCCAGUUGCUAGGGUGAGUUUGCAGGGCAAAUACUAAUAAAGCAUAAGUGGAGUUUAAUUGCAACACAUUACACUCCAAAUGUUGUCUCGGCAACAAGAACCAUGGAUUUCCACACUGCCUACUGUUUCCACGGCCUAUUACUGUUCCUUAUAACAGAAGUAUGCCAUAAACAUCAGUAAAGUUUUAAAUAAUCUUUACGCUUUCUAUUACGUGAAGAAAUGAUGUAGAUCAGGUAGCAGAGUCCUUUUAGUAGAAACAAGAGCUGGCAAUUAAGGGUUCGUAAUUCCUCCUUAUGUUCACCUGCAAUUUCAACUCUGUAUUCCCAUAUCAUAGCAGUCUCUAAUGUAACUUGUUUGCUUUUCCUAGACUUCAGUAAUGGUGGCACCUGUGGAAAACAGAGCAGACAAUUUAUAAUGCAUCUAAUUUCUUGGUCUUCUAAUGUUGAAAAUAUUCUCUUUGAGGACUUCUCAAUUCUGUAUCCUCUGAUAAUUUUUAAUAGAAAUGGACUAUACUCUGGCUUACUCAGGUCAUUCUUCAUCUGAUAAAACUUCUGGUAUCUCUAGCAUUUCAUACCUUCAGUGCUAAUAGUCUGGAACUGGUACCUGUGUCGGUCCAUCCUUCAGCUUGUCUGAGUUGCAUAGAAAUCCGUAAUUCUUCUUACACUUCAUCAGAAAUAUUUUGUCCCACUUUAUUAGUAAUGAGACAAAAGAGAAUUGUGAAAAGUCUAAAACUCCAAGUAGAAGAAAUUCAAGAACAGAGGAUUCUGCCGCUUCACAGGAAACUGUAGA